CGCGCGCUCGACCUCGACGGACACCCACCCGUACCUGACGCCUUGGUACCCAUGGCACUUGACCCACAUGUGCGUGACGUCGUCGCUGCACUGCGCGAGCCGAUGCUUCCGCUUGGAGACGCUGACCACGAUCUUCGACUUGGCAACGCCCAUGAUCUUCCACUUGGUGCCGCGAACCGCGGUCUCAAACUUGACAACGCGGACCUUGACCUCGUCCGAAAAGACGCCUUUGCUGGGCACCGAGCGUCGCCGAGUCGCAGCAUGCGGCAACCUGUGGCAAAACCUCUCAACGUCGUCCCUCGUGCUGGCCAUCAACCUGUCGUAA